GCCGGGCGGGCGCGAUGAGCGGGGCCGGAGCGGCGCAGGGGGCGGCGGACGCGGCCCGGGGGCUGCGGGUGGACGGGCUGCCCCCGCUGCCCAAGAGCCUGAGCGGGCUGCUGCACUCGGCGGCGGGCGGCGGCGCGGCGGGCGGCUGGCGGCACCUGGAGCGGCUGUACGCGCAGAAGUCGCGCAUCCAGGACGAGCUGAGCCGCGGGGGCGCGAGCGGCGGCGGGGCCCGGGCCGCGGGGCUGCCGGCCAAGCCGCCCAACCUGGACGCCGCGCUGGCCCUGCUCCGCAAGGAGAUGGUCGGCCUGCGACAGCUGGACAUGUCUUUGCUCUGCCAACUCUACAGCCUCUACGAGUCCAUUCAGGAGUAUAAGGGGGCGUGCCAGGCCGCGUCCAGCCCGGACAGCACUUACGCCCUGGAGAACGGCUUCUUCGAUGAGGAGGAGGAGUAUUUCCCGGAGCACCACACCCUCUACGAGGGGAGGGAACGGGGCUCCCCAAGGGACCUGUCGCUGCCUGUCUCCUCCAUCUCCGGCAGUGACUGGAUUCUGGAGUCCAUCUAGAAAGGGAUCUCAGCAGAGGCCGCUGCUGCCCACUGGACACACUGUCUGCCUCA